AUUUUGCGAAAAACUUUCGAUUUGUUUGCACACGCUGAGCGAACCGAGAGAAGCAACUAAUACCUACGCGUAUGCAUGGCACGCCGUGUUCCGUGCUCUGUCCUCUCGUUUAUUCGACCGUAUCUGCCGCACCGAAAACUUUCGAGGCUUCUAGUCUUCGUGCUUCAACUUGCAAAAAUCGCUGGACCUAUACACCCGUAGAAUACACGAUUCGCGUUACGAUAUCUCCCAGGGGUAACGAUCUUUCCCUCUUUCGUUCCUCUCUCUCUUCCUCUCUCCCGUCAAAUCGUAUCCGUUAAAACGAAGCACGAGCGAAGAGAUAAUGGGACGGCACGAAAAAAGUAUUCCAAGAACCGUUUGUUCCCUUAGUCAUUGGUCGUAGCACGAGAUUGAUACUUUGAAUUGUCUAGAUUCCAAAGGUAGUUGAAUGUAGUCAGCAAAUAUUGUUUGCACACACUCGUUAACCGUCGUAUCAGCGAUAAUAGCUUCGAACGAAUGGAAAAAAACGAACGUAAUCAACGUUGAUAAAUGAGCGCGUUGAGUCAUCUUCCAUUAAUACAGAAACAGUGAUCGCUAGCAUUAAAUUUCGCAACGUCAAUAUAGCGCUAAAAAAGAAAAAAAAAAAAAUCGAGCCGACGGUAAAACAAUUCCCGGGGAAAAUAGGAGGGAAUAAAAGAAAAACAUAGAGGGGGUAGAGAGUAUUAAUAAACGUAUCGUGUUGGUCGUGUACAUAAUAGAAUCGAUGUUACGUACUGUGUAUCGUUCGAUUGCCGCUAUGCUUAACGCGGAUAUAACUGUUCGUUUCAAACCAGAUUAAUUACGGUCAACUAAAAUGGCCCUAAAGGCAAAGCCGGGUCACUCGUCGCGUCGACGGCGCGCCGAAAUCAUGAUGGACGUAUCCGAGGCUUCAUCGUUGAUCGAUAAAGCAGAUCAAGUAUACGAUAGGACGACAGGUGCUAUGAAAUAGAGAGUGGCAAAAAGGAAAAAGCGAGAAAGACGGAAGAGCGAGCGGCGUAGAGAGAAAGAGGGAGGACGGUACCGACGUUUUAACGAGCCGUGAUUUUCGUGCUCGCCUUUUCGAGACCCUUACGUAACGCGACUUAAUUGUGAAGGAGCUAUCGCGCCGGUUAAUACGAGCGUCGAGAACGAGGAGAGACAUUCGAGGGGGUGCUUGGCGGGUUUAACUGUGGAGUAACGGCCUGUCGGAGUGGGGGAAUGGAAAGAUCGCGCGUGGAGGGGAUACCAUCCCCACCACUCGCCCGUCCAUCAGUCGCUCCGAGGCCGUUGAGCGGAGAAGUUUGUUCUUGUUGUUCGUCUGUACGUUUGCUGUUUCGUGUACGCUUUCACGUUGCCUUUCGACGGUUCCUUUCGAUCGGUAUUUUAACUUUGAUUCACGGACGCGUUCGCUUUCACGCGAAGGAAUUUCUCCACGGAUACGGUAUACGAGAACGGAGGGACGCGUGCGUGCUAGUGUUGGUAAACUUAACCUCAAAGUGGCGGCGGGCCACCGUUUAGCUUGGUAAACAAGUGCAGUGUAUCUUCAGUGUGAUGGUGUUUCGAUUUUGAGUAAGUGAAGCUACGAUAAAAGGCAAAGAGGUUAAUCUCUUUGUUCGUUUAAUGCGAAGAAAAGAAGGUUUGUCGGGAAACGGUUGACGCGGCGCGGCGCGGCGACGGCGGCCAUCGAUCUGUUUUACCGACCGUGUAAAGGGCACGCCACGCUCCUCGCGUCCGUACGGAAUUCUUCGUGGCGUCGUCGGUGUCACGAAUCUAACCUCAAUGAACGAUAGAAAUAAGUGGUGACACGAGUUAUACUUUCGAUACGGUGAAAAUAAUUUCGACGAGAAUGCGGUAGUGGCGUACGUGAAAAUCCACCGAUGGAUCAUCGUCGUGCAACGGUGGCGGGGACCUUCUCGAUCGUAUCGUAUCGACAGAACCGCGGACAGAACCGUGGAAAGGAUCGCUGCUUGUACUCGUAGCCCGCGCGGGCGUUUUGAAUCGGUGUUUUUGUUUAUCCUCGAUCGCGUUGUUAUUGUUGGUUAUUUGUUAGCAUCGGUGUGACGCGUGACAUGAAUCGUAUCGCUUACGUGAUUUGAGAACACACACGAGAGUGUUACGAUUUUCAACCAGUUUGAUACCAGAGAGGAAAUAUGUAUCCCAGUGCCGGAAUCAACGCCGCUGCUGUGGCUGCUGCUGCUGCCAGGCAUCCGGGUCCACCGCAGCCUGGCCAGCAAUAUAAAUUCUCGAUCGGCGAGUUGUGCGAUCGUAUCAAGGAGGACUUCAACUUUCUUCAGACACAGUAUCACAGCCUUAAAUUGGAGUGCGAGAAACUGGCCAGUGAAAAAAUAGAGAUACAGAGGCAUUACGUGAUGUACUACGAGAUGUCCUACGGGCUGAACGUGGAAAUGCAUAAACAGACAGAGAUAGCGAAGAGGUUAAACGCCAUAAUUGUUCAGACCCUGCCGUUUCUCUCCCAGGAACAUCAACAACAAGUCGCCACUGCUCUUGACAGAGCCAAACAAGUGACCAUGACCGAGCUGAACGCCAUUAUCGGGCAACAGAGGCCAGACCUGCCGAGGCUUCUUCAGCAGGUGCACGCGCAACAGCUACCGCCAGGUGCCGCGAUGGGUCCGCAUCCAGGUAUACCUGGACUUCCCGGACUAGGUCCUGGAGCUGGACUUCCUGUUCCGACGUCAGCCUCCUCUGCGGCUCUCCUCGGAUUAGGUAUACCACCGGGUGCAGCAGCGAGCGCAGGUGGCGCAGCUGGUCAUCCCCUUUCGAUAUUGAACAAACCGGACCUCCAUCGAGGUCAACCCGACGACUUGAAGCACAACGGAGGUCUGAAUCCCGCCGAGGAGAGGCAUAGAAACUCGAUAUCACCGGCCGAACGUGAAAAAUACAGUAGGCCACGAUCACCAGACCCUCAGCACCACGAUCACGUUCCCUUGAAGAAGAUGAAGAAAGAACAGGACAAAGACAUGGGCCAUCAAAGCGAUGGUGAAAAGAGCGACCAGGACCUGGUAGUCGACGAUGCGAGCGAAGGACCAGGGAGUCCUGCGGCGAAUGGCACCUCGUCGCCAAGAGAAAACGGCCUCGACAAACUUGGUCCAUCCUCGGUGCCUUUGAACAGCCAGGUGAAAAAAGAAGCGCCACCACCUUCGCCGAGAAGCGGAACGAGCAGCAAUGCGAGUACACCUUCGGCUAAGAAGAUGGAAGAAAGGGAGAAACCGACCACACCGAUCUCGAAACCUGUCACACCUACGUCAGCAGGUGGUAGCAGCUCCGGCUCCGGUGGUCUGAAACCAUCGAGUUCCAGCAAACCGCUGGUCUCGGCUUCGGCGGUCGGCCCUUAUCCGCCACACUAUCCGCCGCCGCAUCAUCCACCCGCAGGACCCCAUGUGGACAUGUUGGGUUAUCCUCCUGCACUGAACGGAUAUCCCGCAAGACCGCCGCUUCAGCAACUGUACGAUCCUCAUGGAAGCAUGAGGGCACCUCUCGGACCUCUCGGCGUACCUGGUGGCAAACCGGCGUACAGUUUCCACGUAUCGAGCGAAGGGCAGAUGCAGCCGGUUCCCUUUCCACCUGAUGCUCUAAUUGGACAAGGAAUACCGCGUCAUGCGCGCCAGAUAAAUACCCUGACACACGGGGAGGUGGUGUGCGCGGUAACGAUCUCAAAUCCGACUAAAUACGUUUACACCGGUGGCAAAGGAUGCGUCAAGGUCUGGGACAUCAAUCAGGGCGGCAGCGGUAGCGCGAAACACGUUUCGCAGCUUGAUUGCUUGCAACGAGACAACUACAUCAGAUCGGUGAAGCUGCUACCAGACGGUAGAACCCUAAUCGUAGGCGGCGAGGCGAGCAACCUAAGUAUCUGGGACUUGGCGAGUCCAACGCCGAGGAUCAAAGCAGAAUUGACCUCGAACGCUCCAGCAUGCUACGCUUUAGCAAUCUCCCCAGACUCGAAAGUUUGCUUCAGCUGCUGUAGCGACGGCAACAUCGCUGUCUGGGACCUGCAGAAUCAAUCUCUGGUCAGGCAGUUCCAAGGACACACGGAUGGAGCGUCUUGCAUCGACAUAUCAGCCGACGGGUCCAAACUUUGGACCGGUGGGCUGGACAACACGGUACGUUCGUGGGACCUUCGCGAGGGUAGACAACUACAGCAACACGACUUCACCUCGCAAAUAUUCUCUCUUGGCUACUGUCCGACCGGUGAGUGGUUGGCUGUGGGUAUGGAGAACUCAAACGUGGAAGUGCUUCACGCGACGAAGCCGGACAAAUAUCAGCUUCAUUUGCACGAGUCCUGUGUACUUUCGUUACGUUUCGCUACCUGCGGCAAGUGGUUCGUCUCGACCGGCAAGGACAAUUUAUUAAACGCCUGGCGCACACCGUACGGCGCCUCGAUAUUCCAGUCGAAGGAGUCCUCUUCGGUGCUCAGUUGUGAUAUCUCCACCGAUGACAAGUACAUCGUGACCGGAUCGGGCGAUAAGAAGGCUACCGUGUACGAAGUAAUAUACUGAACUAUCCGUUCGACGGGAUACGUGUACGAUCGAAACACCGGAUGUUAUCGAAUACGUCACGUUUCUCGAGUAAUCGUUGGUGUUAAAGAAAAGACGGAGCUCGGUUUAUACCGGCGAAAUAAGAUGUGUUCGAAACAUGUGAAGAUGUUCCAAAGGACUUCGAAAACGGAAGAAUGUAGAAAAUUGAAUUUUAUCCCGAUGAAACUAUCGUUUUGUGAAUCGUGCGAUACUCCGUCAACGUGUGUUAUAUUUGUUAAAUUCGGAGUAUACGUGUCAGCUUACGUGUUACACAGGAGGCGAAGAAAAAGCUGUGAAGAACUGAAGUUACAUUAUAUAGAUAUGAAUAUAUAUACAUAAAAGGUGGCAGAAUGUUUUUUGCUAUUUAAGGUUGUAUAGAACGCAUGGUUAUAAAUAGGCCUGAUAAAUGACGACGACGAUUGAGAGACUAUGCGUGAUUACGUGAUCUUUUACUAUCGUUUGACUUCGAGCAGGAAGUCGCUUGUGUAAUAUGUUACUAAUGUAAUAUAGAAUUUUACGAUAAAGUAUCAUAAUUGCGACCGUGAGAGAUGCAAGGUGAAAUGUUAUCGGUAAAUUACCGUUGCGUGAUGUCCUCGUGCUUUUACUAUCGACGAACGAACGAACGAACGAACGAACGAACGAACGUAGAUACGCCUGAGAAACUUGUAUGAAAGCGGCACGAAAUAGAGGUAUAGAUCCGUCUGAAGUGUAAGAUUCUGUCUCGUGUUGCAAGAUUCUACGUAACGUAUGAAACACAAGACAGAGGAUGAACGAAAUAGCUGAACCGUAGAUCUAUGAACCGAUGUAAUUUUCAUCGCGCUAAGAUGUAUAAAGGAAGCUGAGAACGUUGCGUGUGAUCCUUGAUAUUUCAAUUAAGAAGAGUAUAAAAAUUCCUCCCCUUCGCCCCUUCGCUCUCUUCUCCGCCCCAAACAAAUUUAUAUUCGUAUAGGAUCUCGUUGAGUUCGAAUUUUAUUCUUUCGUUGCUCGUCUAGUACGAACUAGUUUCGUUUGCUCGUAGCGUGAACUAUGCGUUCGGUAACUGUGAGGAAAUUGUGAAAGGCACGGAAGGAUAAAAAUGCAACAACACAUUCGAUCUCUCGGCAUUCUCUGUAGGAAGCACGCGUUAACGGACAACGUAUAUCGAACUUUUUUCCUGUUAUAUCGUGUUCCUAGCAAGAUGCGAUAUUUUUCAGUACAUCGAAUCUUCUUGUCAAAAUAAUUUUCCACGAUUCCACGCAAUCUUUCCGUCGAUGUAUCUUUUAUUCUUGGUACAUUGGUAAAAUCAGUUUUCAUUCGUACAAUACUUUGCAUAAUCUAUCGAUCGGGAAGAGAAAAAGUUUCGUAAGUUGUCCACGUGGUAUAGGAAUUCAGACGUAUCCGAUACGAUAGAGACGAACCGACGAAUGAAUUCCGAGCAUCGGAUGCUCGCGAACGAAGGGCUGCGCUCCAUAGACACGUAUCCGCGGGAUGUUCGAACAGAAUAUUUUUGUGACUGUCCACGACGACCUUUUUAGGAUUUAAUUUUAGCAAGUCAAUCGACGAGACGCGUAUGUCGGUGAUUGAUUUUCUAUCGCAACCGGAACAAAUUGAAGGUAUAAUAGUACACGCGGUAAUUGAAUUUCUUGAGAUGCCUGCGAGACGGCGUAUGAUUAAAAAUUAGGAUAACACUAAUAGGUAGCGCGUUAUUAUUCGGAUCUUGAACGGUGAAAGCAGGGGAUGCAUAAUGGAGAUUUAUAUUUUGUUACAGGAAAGACACACGUUUUACAUUCGCUGUGAUCGUCGUAGAAUCGACGCUGUAUACUGCCUCGCGAUCAUUUAAAAAAAAAAAGAAAAAAAAAUAGGAAGUUAAUCGUGAAUUUAUUUGAGAAAAUUGGAAAAGAAAAAUAAACGUAGAAAUCGAGAAAGCAGACUAAGAUUUUCGACGAGCACAGCUCCGACGAUAGACCAAUAGAAACAACGAUACCUCAAGAAGACUCAAUAGUUAAUUAUCUCUUUAACUUGUACAGAAUCGAUAUUCUUUUACAGUGAAUGAUACACAUAUGCCCACGCAUACACACAUACGCACCGGGAAGACAUCGACAAAAUAUGAAAAUAUUUCACAGCAGCGAAAUCGUGAUUCAACAUCCGCACCAUCAGUUAACAGUUUAUAGUCUCGCUCGUUCAUUGAAUUGUGUCUCCGUGUUCGCAAUUUUGCACUCCGUGUGUACGAAAGUAAAAAAAGCAAAAAAAAAAAAUAAUAAUAUGCGUUUCCAGCCAGAACAAGAUGACAAAAGAAAAAAACGAAGAAAAGACAAGCGUUAAUCCUUUCCAAGCACAGUUCAUGUUGUUCCUAUAGCUACGCGAAAAUUGUUUCUUUCGACAAUUAAAUCAUCUAUAUCUAUAUAAA